CGCCCUCACACGGAGCGCUGCUGAGACAGUCGACUGGAUAACAACACAGAAAGAGAAAUUCUGUCAGUGAAAUAAGAUGGAUGGAGACAAGGCUCAAUAUUCACGCCUUAUGGAGUCUCUGAAGAGGAGACAGCGGCUAGGCCCUGACGAGCUUAGACUUAUUGCUGAACAUGACAGCGAUGAAGAUCAUGAAGGCAUGACCAUUGAAGAGGAGGACUUCAUGGACAUGGAGCUCCUGGAUGAAGGGGAAGAAGAGGAUGAAGAGGAGCAAGAUGAGCAGAGGGAUCAACCAACAACCUCCUAUCGGUAAAUGCAUGUAUUCCAAUAGUGUGUAUUUGUAAAUGUGUGUGUGUACAUAUAUGCUGACAAUAAAUGUCAGCAUUUGCACCCACACACACAAUCAGGGCUGCCAACAAAAAGUUAAAAUUAACAAAAGAGUACAAACUGAGAUUAUGAUUUUUACUAAUGUUUGCUUUCUUUUAUGGGUUUGGUUAGUCUUUCUUGUCCCAUGUCAGGUAGGAAGCGGAAACGCUUUCCUGACUCUGUAUCCUUUCCUUCCUAUGCUGAUGUAGACACAGAAGCACCAAAGCCCAUACCAUUUAAUCCCUCUCGUCCAG